UCAGGCGUGACUCUGCCUUCACGCGCCUCUCAGCUCCCACAGUCCUCUGCACAGUUAGCCAGGUGCAGUUCAAACAAUGUCUUCUGUUGAAGAAAUUUCCAACUCCGUGGAGGAGAACUUGGAGGAGGACGGAGUAGAAGAGGAGAACACCGCAGAGGAGACGGAGAUGGAAUACGAGGAGCCCCUUAAAGGAGGCUAUAUAUUCUACAGGGACAGAAAAGAGUGGGCCGAUCUAGAACCUGUUCCUCAAGAUGACGGACCAAACCCUGUCGUCAAAAUAGCUUACUCAGAGAAAUUCACAGACGUGUUUGACAUGUUCAGAGCGCUCCUGAAGAACGAUGAGAAGAGCGAUAGAGCGUUUGCAUUGACUGCUGAAGCCAUCGACCUCAAUGCUGCAAAUUACACCGUAUGGCACUACAGGAGAGUUUUACUGCAGGCUCUAGAUAAAGAUCUGAGAGAAGAGAUGAAGUACAUCACAGCCAUUAUAGAGGACCAGCCCAAGAACUACCAAGUCUGGCAUCACAGGCGGAUGGUGGUGGAGUGGUUGAACGACCCGUCCGAAGAGCUGCAGUUUAUAGCAGAAAUUCUUAGUCAAGAUGCCAAGAACUACCACGCGUGGCAGCACAGACAGUGGGUCAUCCAGGAGUAUAAGCUGUGGGAUGGGGAGCUGGAGUAUGUGGAGGAACUGUUAGAGGAGGACGUGAGGAAUAACUCCGCCUGGAAUCAGAGACACUUUGUUAUUAGCCACUCCAGCGGAUACUCCGACCCUGCCAUCCUCGACAGAGAAGUGCAGUACACCCUGAAACAAAUAAAGAAAGCUCCUCACAACGAGAGUGCUUGGAACUAUUUAAAAGGGAUCCUACAGGAUGGUGGCCUUUCCUCAUAUCCUGGCCUGCUGAAUCAGGUGUCAGAGCUUCAGGACACGUAUAGUUCUCCAUAUCUCACUGCUUUCCUGGUCGACCUCUACGAAGAUGCUCUGGAGACCAACAACUCCAGCUAUGACCAGCAAGAUACACUCAACAAGGCUUUGGAGCUUUGUAAGCUCCUGGCCGAGGAGAAGGACACCAUUAGAAGGGAGUACUGGAAUUACGUGUCCCGUUCUCUGCAGAACGCGUACGGCUCAGGUGACCCUGUUUCGUCCUCCUCCCCUGAGCCGCCACCACCUCCCUCAUCCCAGCAGCCCGACAUGGAGGCCAGCGACCCUUGAGGAGAAACGCAGGCCUGGACACAUGCUUAGGCAGAGAAAUUAAGACACGAUAGACUCUUUACCUUUGUAUGAGUGCUUGCAUGUGCGGGCUUUAACAGCAGCGCUUGUAAGUCAAAGAACGGUGUUAAACUCAAAGUAGCCAUAUGCUUAAACGCGCUCCAAGUGAACUGUACAGUGAAUGAAAUGGACUGGGAGUUUGGCAGUUAAUCAUAACAGUCACACUUAUGUUUUAGACUACCAUCUAAGUUUAAAGUGUCAUUUAUCAAAACGAAUACAUUGCUGACAUGCUUCAGGUGUAGUCAGAAACUGUUCUUGCCAAAGCAUUUUCUGUUCUGUUACCAAACUCUGCUCAGACUGUGACUGUACACGCUUUUUGUAUGUUAAGAAAUAAUAAUGGAUGAAGCUU